UUCACAUGUACACGCUCUUGUACGCGCAGGUGCUUGAGGAGAAGGAACGAGAAGGCUCCCUCCUAAGUCAACGCCUGUCGAAGCGACCCGGCCUCCUCCAACGCUUUCAGGAUUCCUUGGUGGGCCGCUUCCACACCUUCGACUCCCCCCUGGGCGGGAAGAAGCCCAUCGUAUACGCGGACUGA